AUGCUGACUGCCCACCGCCACCCGCCAGAGCAGGGCCUGCACCCAGGGAUUCGAUGGGGGCAAAAAUGGGUCUUGGGCUCCAUGAACAGGGCAGAGCCAGGAGGGGAGGGGAAGGGAUGGCCCCGCAGCCCCCUGCCUUGGUCCCACCAAAUCUGGGCUGCCCAGUGCAGCUGUGGGCCCCGGCGGCGGCAGACGGACCCUGGAGAGAGCGAAUGUCCAGGGAAGGAGACCGGCCUGGGGAAGGAUCGUCUCGAGGGCCGGCCCGUUCUGGCCUCCCUUCCCACGAGCCUUAGAUGGGUGCCGCUGGCUUCCUCGGGCAGCUUGAAAUGGCCGGGAAAGGUGGCAGGUGAAGCAGCAGCCUCAGGAGAGCCUGGAACGGGACCUGCGAAAGGAGAGCUGAGAGCCCAGAGGGAAGGCCAACCGCCGGCUGUCACAGACACCCCAGGCAGGAGAGCUGGGGACUGGCGGACACCAAGCGUGGGUGAGACGCCUGCUGUAUGCCUGCGACUGCGCGGAGUACGGGGAGACAACAUGCAGACCACGCCGGGCCUGCAGGAUGGAGGGAGGCAGCUGGGUGGCUCAGGGGAUGGCGAGCCGGCCUGGAGACCCGAGGGCCCGGGGGAGUCUAAGCCAGAAACCGCUGACGCUGCCCUUCCCUCCCCUUUCCUUGUUUGUCCCUACUCCGUGGCUCGGCCGCUUCGUGGCCCUCCUGUGCCCGCUUCUCUUCUCCUGUGCCCCUGUCUGGGGCUGGGUGGCCCGCGGCCCGCCCCUCCCUGCAUCACCCGCUGGGGUCGUUGCUCUGUUCCUCCCUCCCGCGCCCCGCUUUGCGUAUCCCGCUCUGCGGCUGCCUCGCUGCCCCUGUGCCCCGCUCUGCGUGUGCCUCGCUCUGUGUGCUUCCCUCUGCGUCCCGCCCCCGUCCGGUCCGUCUCUCCACCAGGUCUCCUGAAGGAGAAGGAGCGCAAGGCGGCCGGCGGCAGCGGCAGCGAGGACGUGGGGGGCCUUCUGGGGGUGUCGGGCCGGUCCCGCUCGGGCCCGGGCCCCGGAGCCCUGCUGGCCUCACUACUGUGGGAGCGGCCGCUGCCCUUCGGGGACGUGGACGACGUGGACCUGGACGCGUUCCUGCUGGAGCACGGGCUGCCCCCCAGCCCUCCGGACCCCGGGCCGCCGGCGCCUCGCGCGGCCCCCGCCCCCAGCGCCGCCGCCCCCUCCUGCUCUUCGGGCUCCUCGUCCCCUGCCCCGUCCAGCUCCUCCUCGCCGGCCCCCACGCCCACUCCUGCCUCACCGCGGCUGUCCCCGGGGGGACACGUAUUAGGCCGCCGGGCCCCGGGCGCAGGUGCUUCUUCGGGCUCUCAGCGCGCAGGUCCGGUCCCCCGGGACACCCCCAGCCCGGUGGAUCCCGAGUCCGUGGAGGUGCUGAUGACCUUUGACCCCGACCCCGCCGACCUGGCCCUGUCCAGCGUGCCGGGCCAGGACACGUUUGACCCCCGGAAGCACCGCUUCUCGGAGGAGGAGCUGAAGCCGCAGCCCAUCAUGAAGAAGGCCCGGAAGAUCCAGGUGCCGGAGGAGCAGAAGGACGAGAAGUACUGGAGCCGCCGCUACAAGAACAACGAGGCGGCCAAGCGCUCCCGGGACGCUCGGAGGCUGAAGGAGAACCAGAUCUCGGUGCGGGCGGCCUUCCUGGAGAAGGAGAACGCCUUGCUGAGGCAGGAGGUGGUCGCUGUUCGCCAGGAGCUCUCUCACUACCGGGCGGUGCUGUCCCGCUACCAGGCCCAGCACGGGGCCCUGUGACUGUGCUGAGGCAGCCUCCCAUCCCCCCAGCCCCGGCCAGCCUCCCCCGGACACCCGGGCUGGCUUCUCUGCCCCCACCUCGCCCCCAGGAAGUUGUGCUCCUCCGGAGGACGGCCCACACGCUGCUGAGUUCUUGGCAUACUGGGGUCAGCAGGCUCUUCCCAGGACUCUGCCGCUGGCCUCGGAGGGACCAGGGCGGCCCUGCGCAGGACUUAGGGGGCCACCAGCCAGGCCUGAGGGGCCAGGACCAGGGCAGCUCCCCCUUGCAGCCCCUCUUCGGCCCAGGGAGGCAGGGACAUCCGGGAGCCAGAAGGGCUCGGGCAAGGCUGGGACACGGUGCUGAGACGCUGACAAAUCUAGCUCUAUACAUAUAUAUAUAUAUAUUUUUUAAGAAAAAGAAGUGCAGACCCGUCCUCCUCCUCCUCCCAGCUGAGGGGGGGAUGGGUGUUGGGGAGGACUCAGGAGUCGGGGGGCCCCUUCCCAUUCCCUUGCUCCCUGGCUCUCUCUGAUUAAAUAACUCCAAUAAACCAUGAGAAGCCAA